UUUUAACUCCUUCAAGCAGGUACAAGAAGAAGACAUAUAUAACAACACCACCAAUCUCAUUUCAACUAAUCAACCCAACAAACGCUCCACCACAACCACCACCACCACCAACAACCACCGUCGUUGCAUGAAUCAAAUGAGCUCAACUAAGCUCCGGCUGAUGUGCAGCAAUGGCGGACACAUCGUCCCCCGUCCACACGACAAAACUCUCUGUUACGUCGGCGGAGAGACACGUAUGCUAGUGGUGGACCGUCACACCACUCUAUUAAACCUCACUCACCGCCUCUCAAAAACCCUUCUCCGAUCAUCUUCUCCGUUCACUAUCAAAUACCAGCUUCCGUCAGAAGACCUUGAUUCGUUGAUCUCUUUAACCACCGAUGAAGACCUCCAACACAUGAUCGAGGAGUACGAUCGGUUAAAUUCAUCUUCAUCUUCAUCACGUCUCCGUUUGUUCAUUUUUCCGACGGACCCGGAAUCCGUUUUGUUAACCGGGUCGGGUCUGGACAGUUUGUUAAAAUCAGAAGAUUGGUUUGUUCAUGUGUUAAAUGGAGGUGCGAAUUUAGGUGUUUCCGAUACGUUGUCGUUUAAUUGUUUGUUAAAUUUGGAUGAUGAAGUUUAUGUACCGGAGAAAAAAGACGUUAAUGAUGGAAAAACGAACGGGUCGGGUCAGGAUGUGCAUUCAGUACCCGAUUCGCUAAUUAUUGAAACGACGUCGUCGUUUGGGUCGGAAUCGUCUUCACCGUCGCUUGUUAACUUGCCGCCGAUUAGAGUAAACGCCGAUGGUCAUCAGAAGGUGAUCGGAGGAGUAGAGGAACAGUUUUCUCAAAUGAGUGUUGAGCAACGAGAUAUUAAGCAUCAAAAUGAUGAGGGUUUGGUGGCUUCACCGGCUCCGGUGGUGGUUUCGGGUUCUCCGGUGAGUUCUAUGCCGGCGAUCCAAGAACAAUCCGAGCAGGGUUUACAGAUGGCUUAUCUAAAAUGUCAUCAUCAACAAUAUCUGAGUGAUCUUACCGGUAACUAUGACCGAGCUGUUGAUCCGAAUGAUACCAUUGAUCAAACCGUUGGAAUUCAAUUGCAACCACAAACUCAAAAUCCUACUUAUUUGUUGUCAAUGCCAACAACUCAAACUGACUCACCUCGUAACCAAUUACACCACCAACAACAGCAGUUAAUUCCACCACCACAACACAUCUACCACCACCCUUCUGGGGCGGUUCCGAUGGCAUCUUACUACCAGCCUCACCAACUGCCAAUGGAUCAACAGAAUUUCGUGUAUUAUAUCCCUGCCAGACAGCUACCCCAAGGGUACAAUUUCCCAUUGCAGCAACCGCCGUCUAGUUAUGAUGCACCACCAGUAGUCGCUACCAUUCCUCCAGGUAACCAAACCGUCCUGAAAACUGAUUCAUCGACAGGCGUUUAUAGAACUCCAUAUGUUGGCUACUCUGAGAUUCAUCAACCAUCUCAACUUCUAUAUUAUGCAACACAAGCUACGCCGUCAUUAUCAGCUGCUCAUUAUAAAAAUAUGGCAUCAAUUUCACCUUUUGAAGCCAGUUUGCAAGAACAAGUGAGAACUGCAUUACCAUGACAAGUGAGUUCUUAAUUGGAUUAGGGACCUUGUUUAGUUAUAUGUCGUUGUAUUGUAUUGUGUUAAUCUUGAUGUUGUUAUUGAUUUGUGGUAUGUAUUUAUGAUGUGUUGUUAUAUGUAUAACCAGAAAAAGUGCACAUCUUUUUGUUGAUGAGUAUUGUACAUGUGUGUUCAGGAGUUAA